AUGGAACGAUCCACCGGAUCCGAUGCUCAUAACCCCCGAACCUAUUCCGCAUCGCAGACUCCCGACCAAGCACCGGCUGCUAGCCGCUUCGAAGGCGCACCCCGAUUCUAUACGCUCGCUGGGUGGCGCCAGAGUCUUGUGGAAGAGAACCCGACUGCCGAUAUGCUGUUGGUUCACCAGACGGGGAGUGUACGAGUAGGAGAGAUUAUUCGAUAUACUAUCAGCUAUACCCCCGCAUCCGAUCCAAUUUUGCCCAUCCCCUCUGAACUUCAUGUGAGAGUGAAGAAUACCUCCGCGAUUCCCCUCCGCGCCGCCUAUCUCCAUGGCCCAUACACACUAUACGCGGCCUGCUACCCAUCUACAUUCGAUCCCAACGCCAAAUAUGAAGAGCAGGAUACCGAAGGCAUCCCGCAAUUUGAGCCAUACCUCAAAGCAGGCGGAAGCUGGGAUGCGACUAUCAAGAUGCCGGCGCGCUUCGGGGACGGGCACAACCUAGCCGUGGGUCAUUUGGGGUCCGAGAGUGACCGGACUGUGACCUGGGUGAUUGAAAUCGUAUCUCAAGUCAUAUUUUCGAGCAGUGCUGCAGUUCAUUUCGAGCUAUUGGUUGCUCGUGAUGCCAAAUCCAUCGACUACUUCUCCGCGGGUGGCACGGCGGCGGCUGGUCAUGAACCCCCAGGUAAAUUACAAGACCACUGGCCGAUGGGAGGCACAAGGGGCCAGCCUGUCAUUGCCACCAGUGGAGUGUACUCAAAAUCUACUACUCUGCGUGUUGACGAUACGAGCAGCUUGUGGAAUAGCCCGCCACUGCCAUCAGGGACAUCUGAGGCGUCAGAGGUUGCGCCCGAGCGGACCGACUGUAAUUCUCAACAUCCUUCACCUGAAGAAGCGACGAGCAGUACGACUAAGGCGAAGCCAAGGAAGAAGAAGAAGGUUCAUCUGGUGGUGAUCACACAUGGAUUGCAUAGUAACCUGGGUGCGGACAUGCUCUAUCUAAAGGAAAGCAUCGAUGCCGCUGCUGCGGCUAAAAAGAAGGCUCGUACCGAAGAGAGAAACAAGAGCGAAGACAGCACUGAAAACGACGACGACGACGACGACGAAGAAGUCAUCGUUCGAGGAUUCUCUGGCAACGCGGUUCGCACUGAAAGGGGUAUUCAAUAUCUCGGCAAACGCCUGGCUAAAUAUGUUCUAUUGAUGACAUACCCUGAUCAGCCAUAUUAUCCUUUGAAAACUGGCAAGGCAAAGUCAUUCCCUCGCCCGUUCAGUGCUCGCAAAGAUCACGCUCAACCCUCCCUCCAGCCGCACUCAACCCCUGCGAAUCACGAGGAUGUCAUCGACGGCGAUGACCAUGCAUACAAAAUCACCAGCAUCAGCUUUAUCGGGCAUUCUCUUGGCGGCCUGAUCCAAACAUAUGCUAUCGCAUACAUACAGAAGCAUUCGCCGGAAUUCUUCGAGCGAAUUCAACCGGUCAAUUUCAUUGCCCUUGCAUCUCCUUUCCUGGGUCUGAGCAACGAGAACCCGCUAUACGUGCGAUUUGCUCUAGACCUGGGCUUGGUCGGACGGACCGGACAAGAUCUUGGACUCAGCUGGACAUCACCAAAGGUACGCAGUGGCUGGAGUGCCAUCAUUGGUGGCCGAGGAGACUCGGCCAAGGAUCAGACACAGACAGACCCUGGAUCAAAACCGCUGCUGCGUAUUUUACCCUGUGGCCCAGCACAUGAGGUACUUAAAAAGUUCCACCAUCGGACCGUGUACUCCAACGUGGUCAAUGAUGGGAUUGUUCCCUUGCGGACGUCGUGCCUUCUUUUCCUCGACUGGCGAGGCCUGGACCGAGUUGAGAAAGCGAGAAGGGACAACGGGAUCGUCGGCACCAUGGCUGAAUGGGGCUGGGCGGAAUUGACUGGUGCAAACUCAAAGUCUCCGCGAUUAGUCCGCCCUGAUGAGAUCCCACGCUUGGGCGAAGGUCAAGAUGGGCCGAGCCACGGGGCUACCGAUGAAGCGCAACCCUUGCAAGAGGAUGAAGAACUUGCCCGACCUGAAGAUGCAUCAUCACCAGAUCGUGGGCAAUUCCUUGCCCGGCGAAAGUCGUCCCUGCAUGCAAGUAGUGUGGGGACGGAGUCAGUGCACAAGGACGUCUCAGAAAACAACUCGGGGCCUUUCAGCAGCCUCCUCGCCUUCUUCCGCCCUAAGGAGCCAAAGCCACACCAUCCUAGUGGCAAGCAUGCCAAGAUCUACAAGCGCAGCCAGACUCUCGCCUCGUUCGAUCCCAAUGAGUCCCCAGCACCAGUGGUUCGAGGAAAUUCUCUGUACGAAGAAGACAUCGGAGUCAAUACACCUCCCAAGACCACUUUCUUCGAGUCGGCAGGUGAUGUGUUGAUGCCACCUUUACCCCCGGCUGACUUCAUUCUGGACCCUGCUGCCCGGCCUCGAACCAUCUUCCAUGACCGCAUUUACCAUCCUGAAGAUAUUCCCGCUCCAUUGCCAGUCAAGCGUCGGACAUUGACAUUCGCCUCAUUACAACCCAAGAAUGCGAAAACGGCGCCUCCUCAGGCCACGCAGAUACCGUCUAGUUCUACCCCCAACGCCAAAGGUAGUGAAAGUGGGCUGAAGGUCGAGGAGAAAAUCGCCAGAGCUUACCACCGCGACCUGACCUGGCGCAAGGUCCUUGUUCGCCUUGAACCCGACGCACACAAUAACAUCAUUGUGCGUCGCAUGUUCACCAAUGCCUAUGGAUGGCCUGUUGUGAAGCACCUUUGUGACACACACUUUGGUCACUCUCCCAACGUUGAGGUCGAUGAUACCUUGAAAUGCAAUGCCGAACGGGCCAAGGCCUUGAACGUCGGACCCACCAGCUCCGGCGACGAAGUGGAAGGCCAGUCUGAUACCACCGAGGGGGAGUCAACCGAGCAUGAGGGCACUGGGCCAGGCCAUACGCAUGGGGGUGCCGUUAGCCCUUCUGGCUCGGGAGAUUACCCUCAGCUACAUGAUCUAGCUGAUGCAUUGCCUGCUGAGCAUGAGUCCCACGAGGCGGAGAGCACACAUACAAGAUCCUACUCUCACUAUACCGAUGUUUCUCGACAGGACUCGGCGCGAUGGACGGAUCGGCAGAUCGAUGAAGAUGACGAUCGUGAAUCCGGGUUGGAUGUGGACGGGCAUGCCGAGUUUCGAUGGUCUCCAGCUCCGCCAACUGCUUGA